GUUUUGAUCGAAAGACGCCAUUAUUGCUUUAACAGCAGAAAAAUUGUACUUGCUGGUCAAAAACGAAAUUACUAAACUGCAGGAAAUAACAACAAGCAGGGAUAAUCUUUUGGCUUUCAUAAAACGUAAGAACUGAACGAUUCAGUAUUUUCGUGAUAUUUCAAUAUGAAAUGGGAGUAUAAGGAGGAACAUCCAUUUGAGAAGAGAAGAUCUGAAGGAGAAAAAAUUCGAAAAAAAUACCCAGACAGAGUUCCAGUCAUUGUAGAGAAAGCACCAAAAGCAAGGAUUGGUGAUUUGGAUAAAAAGAAAUAUUUGGUUCCAUCUGAUUUGACUGUUGGUCAGUUCUAUUUCCUCAUUCGAAAAAGGAUACAUUUGCGUGCUGAAGAUGCUCUUUUCUUUUUUGUAAAUAAUGUUAUACCUCCGACAUCUGCAACUAUGGGACAAUUGUACCAGGAACAUCAUGAGGAAGACUUCUUCUUAUACAUAGCGUACAGUGAUGAAAGUGUUUAUGGGUGUUAAAACUUUGUAAAUAUAAUAUGCAAGUAUUUGAAUAAUUAUUCAGCUGGCCAGUCUUAUAAUGGAUCUAAUUCUCUUGUAGUGAUAUUUAUUGUAAACAUAUAAAUAUCUGUGGCAAUAUUUAUGUUUUAGACUUUAAAUUUUAAUGGUUGUUGUAGUUAUUACAAGUUUUUAAAUAUUUCUCUUUUUAUGCACGCAAAUAAACGGACUGCACUAACUAUUUUCAGAUAUAUCUCUGUAGAUUCUAUCGUUUUAUGCACGCAAAUAAACGGACUACACUAACUAUUUUCAAAUAUAUCUCUGUAGAUUUUUGUUUAUAUACCAGAUUUUUAUAUCCUAAAAUAAAUUCCUAAAAUUA